AUGCGCGAAUUAAAGAUCUACCAGCCAAACAGCUUCGUCUUCCCCAGUGCCAAAGUCUUUACGUAUAAAGACCCAUUCUUCUCCAAGCAUCAGGACUUGAUCACCAACAUUACUGGUCUCCAGCACUCGGUGAUGCAGGAAAUAAGCCUGCUUCAGAGAUCAUUCAGGACAGUUGAUAAUUUCAGGAAUCUCUCCAGCCUACAAGAUCUCACGAAUCAGUUUUCCAAAUUGGGUGUUGUAGAGAUCCUAAAAAAGCUCAUGGCAAUACUUGUCGACGGUGUCUUGUCCAGCAUAGAGGUAGUGGUGGACACAGUUCUUAAUGUCCUGCAUGAUCUGGCUCAGUCUGCUAUUGGCAUCCUCGACUGCAAAAUUCACAUCCCUAUUAUUUCGGGCAUUCUCAAUUUCAUCGGCGUCCCUGAUCUCUCUCAUUCCUCGAUCUGGUUACUUGGAUUGGCGCCUCAGCAUCCACCGUCGUCUAUAAGAUUGUCCAAGGCCAUGCCCCCUUCCCUGGAAAUGAUAGCUCCGUCAAGUCCAUUAUCUCUGCCGGAAGUUGGGACGACAUGGCUCAGCUUUUUGGCCAACGGAGCAUAA